AUGUUUUUGCAGUCAACAAUCGAUGAAAUCGAACCAACAAGUCCAAUAGGAGUGACUAGAGUAGUAGUUGGAGCAUCUAGCUCAAAAGGGAGUUCCGACAGUGGGAUUUCAAGCUUGUCGACUGUUCCUGAGUCAACAAUCGAUGAAAUCGAACCAACAAGUCCAAUAGGAGUGACUAAAGCAGUAAUUGGAGCAUUUAGCUCAGAAGGGAGUUCCGACAGUGGGAUUUCAAGCUUAUCGACUAUUCCUGAGGUUGGUAGUCCAGUUCCUCCUAGAGCUCUUAUUUCACAGGUUUUGCUGGGACUUGAUGAAGAAUACAACGCAAUUGUGGCCACAAUCCAAGGACGAAUUGAUAUCUCGUGGUUAGAUAUACAGUCGAAACUACUUCUAUAUGAAAAAAGACUUGAAUACCAGACAAAUCAAAAAACUAUAGUCGGGUUUAAUCAAAUGGGCAACACAUCUGUCAAUAUGACCAAUACCAAAAACACCAACAAUAAUAACAAUAAAAAAUCUACCUCCAACAACAACAAUCAAGCGUCUGGUAGAGGACAAAGAGGUGGAGGUCAUGGUAGAGGCCGUGGCAGAGGCAGAGGUAACAAACCAAUUUCUCAAGGAAUGCUUAAAGAUGGGCUAUAUCAAUUAGAAGAUGCAGAAGUUGGUUCGAGUAAGAAGGCUAUAGAGAGUAGAGUUUCUUUGCAGUUAGUGCACAAAAAUAACAAUUUGUGUGCACUUGCCUUAUCUAAUAGGAACAGGGUAUCUAAAACUAUUUGGUAUAGACAUCUUGAUCACCCAUCACUAAGAACAUUAGACUUUAUUGUCAAGCAAUGUAAUCUUCCUAUAAUGGUUAAUGAAGAUCUUCAGUUUUGUGACUCGUGUAGAUAUGGUAAGACACACUCUCUAGACUUUCCUAAUUCUAACUCAAGAGUCUCUACACUAUUCGAUCUUAUACAUACUGACUUAUGGGGUCCUGCCCCCUUGUUAUCGACCGAUGGCUAUAAAUACUAUGUGAUAUUUGUGGAUGAUCAUAGCAGGUACACCUAG